AUGCCCGCCGAGGAAUCCAAGCCGGUCGACCCGGCCGUCAACGAAGUCGACGCCGACAUCAAGGGCAAGCAAGCCGCGGCCGAAUCCGACGCCGAGGAGGAAGAUGACGAGCCCACGGCCGGUGACGCCUCUGCGGCUGGCACUGCUCCGGCCAAGAAGAAGAAGAAGUCCAAGCGGAAGAAGGCCAAGGAGGUGCUGACUGGCAAGUCUGGCGACGCCGAGGCAGACCUGAAAAAGGCCAUUGGAGGGCUCACGCCGCAGCAGCUCCAGGAGCUCAUGGCGCUUAACCCAGCUCUGGCGGGCGAGCUGUCGCAGGCCUCGGGCAGCGCAAACCCUUCGCCGGACCAGAUCGCCGAGCUGCUCAAGAAGAUGAACCUGCAGGACAUCAUGACGGGUCUGGCGGCCGCGGGCAAGAACGUCAAGGACAUGGCCUCGUACAAGUUCUGGCAGACGCAGCCGGUGCCCAAGUUUGGCGAGGACGAGAAGACGGUCGAGGAGGGGCCUCUGAAGAUCCAGACGGUCGACGAGAUCUCCAAGGAGCCGGCGCCUUUGGUGGCUGGAUUCGAGUGGGUAGAGAUGGAUCUGACGAAUGACGAGGAGAUCAAGGAGAUUUAUGAGCUGCUCAACGGACACUACGUUGAGGACGACGAGGCCAUGUUCCGAUUCAACUACGGACCUGGCAUCCUGAAAUGGGCCAUGAUGCCUCCUGGCUGGGCCAAGCACUACCACGUUGGCGUCCGCGCCACCCAGUCCCGCAAGCUCGUCGCCUUCAUCUCUGCCAUCCCCGUGCGCGUGCGAGUCCGUAACAAGGUCAUCACCUGCUCCGAAGUCAACUUCCUCUGCGUCCACAAGAAGCUUCGCGGCAAGCGUCUGGCCCCCGUUCUCAUCAAGGAAAUCACCCGUAUCAGCAACCUGCACGAGAUCUGGCAGGGUCUGUACACGGCCGGCAUCGUCCUCCCCAGGCCCGUCAGCACGUGCCGCUACUACCACCGCUCGCUCAACUGGCAGAAGCUGUACGAGUGCAACUUUGUCCACCUGCCCCAUGGAAGCAAGCCUCAGUACCAGAUCCGGAAGUAUGCGGUCCCGGACCAUACCUCUACCAAGGGUCUGCGUGAGAUGAAGCCUGCGGAUAUCGAAGCCGUUGUCAACUUGAUGGAUCGGUACAUGAAACGGUUCGACAUUGCGCCUGAGAUGUCCACGGAGGAAGCAACUCAUUGGUUCUGUCCAACGGUUGCCCCUGGACAGGACCAAUACAUCUGGUCCUAUGUUGUCGAGGAUAACGAGAAAAACAUCACCGACUUCUUCUCCUUCUACUGCAUCGAGUCAUCCGCCAUCAACAACCCCAAACACGACGUCAUUCGCGUCGCCUACCUCUUCUACUACGCCACCGACACGGCCCUCAAGGAGCCCUUUGACAAGGCCGCCCUCAAGUCCCGCCUCAACGACCUCAUACACGACGCCCUCAUCCUCGCCAAGCAGGCCCAAUUCGACGUCUUCAACGCCCUGUCCCUCAUGGACAACGGCCUCUUCCUCGAGCAGCAGAAGUUUGGCGCCGGCGACGGGCAGCUGCACUACUACCUGUUCAACUACAGGGCCAACCCCAUAGCCGGAGGCGUCGACAAGAAGAACCAGUUGGACGAGAAUGCCCUUAGUGGCGUCGGAUUGGUCUUGCCAUAG